AUGUCGGAUAUUGAUGAGUGUCAGGUCUAUAAUGGGGGCUGCCAGCACCGAUGUGUCAACACCAGGGGCUCGUACUACUGCGAGUGCAACCCGGGCACCCGUCUGCACACAGAUGGCCGGACUUGCAUCGCCGUCCGAUCCUGUGCCGUCAGCAAUGGAAGCUGUGAGCAGAACUGUGUGCAGCUGUCCCCGGCUCACUACCAGUGUCGCUGCAGACCCAACUAUCAGCUCGCAGAGGACGGCAAACACUGCAUAUUAAGAAGCCCCUGUGCAGACAGAAAUGGGGGCUGUAUGCACACCUGCAAGAAUGACGGAGGGAGAGCUCAGUGCAACUGUCUUCCUGGAUACACACUGGCACAGGAUGGCAAAAACUGUGAAGACAUUGAUGAGUGUGAGACCGACCAAGCUGCUUGUGCCCACGGUUGCCAUAACACCCAGGGCUCCUUCACCUGUGUCUGUAACCCAGCAUACGAGCUGGGUGCCAAUGGCAGGAAAUGCUAUCGAAUCGAGAUGGAGAUCGUGAAUGGUUGUGAGACUGCCAACGGAGGCUGUUCCCAAAAGUGCCAACACUCCACCCUCGGACCUGUCUGCAGCUGUCACCACGGUUACCACCUGGACGACGACCUCAGGACAUGUGUGGACUUGGACGAGUGUGAGGUGGGAAGCUCGUGCUGCGAGCAGGACUGUACCAACUAUCCCGGGGGCUACGAAUGCUACUGCGGGGCUGGCUACCGUCUCAAUUCGGAUGGGUGUGGCUGUGAUGAUGUGGAUGAGUGUCUGGUAGACAACGGAGGCUGUGACCAUACCUGCCAGAACACAGCCGGCUCCUUCCAGUGCUACUGUCACCUAGGACACCGGCUAGAUGAGGACCGUGUCUCUUGUAUUCCCCUGGAGGGGGCAGUAGAGGCGUUGGAGUGGAGCAGCCGCAUCGCAGUGGAGCGCCCUCUGCCCCAGAUAACCCUGCUGAGGGACUACUUCCAGCCGCUGGAGCGUUAUGACGACUACGAUGAGGACAGCCUGGGAGAGCUGCGGGCCCAGAGCACCCUCACCCAGACCUUUGUGUGUCUAAACAACACGUUUGGUUACGACUGCAGCCUGACGUGUGACGACUGUUCCAACGGUGGCGUGUGUGACAUGGAGGAGGGCCACUGUGACUGUCCUGAUGGGUGGACAGGUGUUGUCUGCAACCAGACUUGUCCAGAGGGCACCUUUGGCAGGAACUGCUCCUUCAGCUGUAAGUGUAAGAAUGGUGCCACCUGUGACCCUGUGAACGGGCACUGCCGCUGCCCGCCUGGCAUCAGCGGGGACAUGUGCCAGGAUGGCUGUCCUAAGGGCCUGUAUGGGAAACUUUGCAAUAAGAAGUGUAACUGUGCCAAUAACGGGCGCUGCCAUCGUACCUAUGGAGCCUGCCUGUGUGAUCCUGGGCUCUACGGGCGCUUCUGUCAUCUAACGUGUCCUAAGUGGGCGUACGGCCCUGGCUGCUCGGAGGAGUGCCAGUGUGUCCAACAGAACACCCUAGAGUGCCACCGCAACCAUGGCUCCUGUGUCUGCAAACCAGGCUACCAGGGCAAGAACUGCCAGGAGGAGUGUAAUAGAGGAUACUAUGGCCUGGCCUGCAAGAGGACAUGUCAGUGUCCAUCUGGGGUACCCUGUGAUCAUGUGACAGGGGAGUGUCUGAGCCAGUGCCCACCUGGCUUCCAUGGGGACAACUGUGACCUAGACUGUCCAGAGGGUUACUACGGGGCUGGAUGUAACCAAUCGUGCCACUGUUCUGGCUCCCCGUGUGACAACAUGACAGGACAGUGUCACUGUCUUGCAGGGAUGAAGGGACAGCACUGUGAAACUGAGUGUGAGGAGGGUCGUUGGGGUGUGGGCUGCUCAGGCUCCUGUCCCCACUGUCAGAACAGGGGAGUGUGUGACAAACACAAUGGAGUGUGUUGCUGUCAACCUGGAUACAUGGGCACCUUGUGUCAGAGCGCCUGCCCGGUGGGUAGAUUUGGCCUGGGUUGUCGGCUACGUUGUUUGUGUGAUAACGGUGGGCGCUGCCACCCGGUGACGGGCAACUGUGCCUGUCCUGUAGGAUGGACUGGACCCAGCUGCAGCAGAGCAUGUGAUGCCGGGCGCUGGGGGGCGGACUGUGCUAACAUGUGUGAGUGCCCGGGCAGCGAUGGCAGCUGUGACCUCAUCACGGGGCAAUGUCACUGUGAGGCGGGCUACACGGGACCCCGCUGCCAACAGAAGUGCCCAGAAGGCUCCUUUGGCAUAGGCUGCAGACACAGGUGCCAAUGUGCCAAUGAGGCAGCCUGUGAGCAUGUUAGUGGAGCCUGCACCUGCCUCACUGGUUGGACCGGCACAUACUGUGAAAAAUCAUGCCAGGCAGGGUGGUUUGGCCGUGGGUGUGAACACACCUGUGAAUGCCGUAAUAAUGCCACCUGUGACCCUGUGAGUGGGCAGUGCCAGUGUACGCCAGGGUGGAUCGGCCCCAGCUGUGAGAAAGAAUGUGUAGAAGGCUUUUAUGGACAAGACUGCCAUCAUCACUGCCUGUGUCACAACGGAGGGGUGUGUGAUCAGUUCUCUGGGCGCUGCUCGUGCUCCAGCGGAUGGACUGGGGCAGCCUGCGAACUGGAGUGUGCCCAUGGCUGGUUUGGGGUGGACUGUGCUCAGCCCUGUGAGUGUUUGAAUGGCGGUGUGUGUGACCGCCGCAUUGGAGAGUGCAGCUGUGGCCCAGGCUGGGUAGGACAGCACUGUCAGACAGCGUGUGAGGCUGGCCUGUUUGGCCCAGGGUGUGAGGAGCGGUGUCGAUGUAGCCAUGGGGAUGUGUGUGACCAAGUCAGCGGUGUGUGUUUGUGUCCUCCUGGCUGGAGGGGACCCAAGUGUGACAGAGCCUGUUUACCUGGCUCCUAUGGGAAUGACUGUCUGAGCUACUGUAACUGUCCCCACGGCACUUCCUGUAACCAUGUGUCUGGCAAAUGUGGCUGUCCCCCUGGAUUCACUGGCAAUGGCUGUGAGCAAAUAUGCCAACCUGGCACGUAUGGGCUGAACUGUAACCAGGUGUGCCAGUGCUCUGGCACCAACCAGCUGUGCCACCCUGUCACCGGCCUCUGCUUCUGCGCCCCGGGUUACCAUGGCAACAACUGUGAUCAAGAGUGUGACAUGGGACGGUAUGGCCCAAACUGUGAACGCCCGUGCCAGUGUCUGAAUGCCGGUGUGUGCCAUACCACCACGGGCACCUGUCAGUGCCCAUCGGGGUACAUUGGAGCAGACUGCAACACCACAUGCCCAUCAGGGCGCUAUGGGCAGGACUGUGCCAGGGUGGCCCUGUGUGGCGAGGGGGCACGAAGUGACCCAGAGACGGGCAGGUGUGUGUGCAAGGCGGGCCAGCGGGGAGAAGACUGCAGACAGGGUUGUGCCCAGGGCUGGUAUGGGGAAGACUGUGGUCAGCACUGUAACUGCAGUAACGGUGGUGUGUGUGAACUGGUCUCUGGAGGCUGUACCUGCGGACUAGGCUGGACCGGACCCAGCUGUGAUACAGAGUGCCCAUCAGGGAGUUACGGAGCCAACUGCAAACUGCGGUGUGAUUGUCAUAACAACGGGACGUGUGACAGAGUGACGGGAGAGUGCCAGUGUGACCCGGGAUACUAUGGUCACCUGUGUGAACAUGCCUGCCCUGCUGGUUUCUAUGGCCACCGCUGUCAGCGCCAGUGUAAGUGCCGAGGCCUCGCCCCCUGUGACCCAAGCACAGGGCACUGUCUCUGCCCUACUGGUUACCAUGGAUACCACUGUGAGAAAGAGUGUGAGCAGCGUCGUUUCGGGGUGGGCUGCAACCAGUCAUGUGACUGCGAGGGGGACACCCCAUGUGACCCCAUGACUGGCCACUGUCUGUGCCCCACAGGGAAGAUGGGAACGCGCUGUGACACAAAUUGUCCAGUGAACCACUACGGCCCGGACUGUUCUGAGAGCUGUGAGUGUAGGAACGGGGCACGGUGUGAUCCACGGAACGGCCGCUGCACUUGUCUACAGGGCUGGAUAGGACCUACCUGUCAGGAAGAUUACCUGAUCUCUCCCUGA